AUGCAGAUGCUCUCUCGCCAUCGCCAUGGGCGCCCCCUCCUCCAUUUCGUACUCAAGCCCCCACCUUUCUCCACCACAAACACGGCCAGCGCCCCGCCCCCGCCUCCGCCUCCAUUUUGCACCCCAGAUGCCGCCCCCCACAUCUUCUCGCUCGGCGACCACGACCCCGGUGCGCUCGCCCCCGACGAUGCCAUCGCGGCACUCUCCUCGCUCGCGGAAUCCGAUGGCUCCGCUGCGGCGCUCGCCUUUUUCCGCCGCCUGGCGUCCCGCCCGGACGUGCGCCACCUCAUGCGUCUCUACGUCACCGCCGCGACCGCCUUCGUCGCGAGGGGCAGCCUCCCCAUGGCGCACGAGGCCAUGCGCCGGAUGGUCGCCGCCUUCGCCGAGGCGGGCCGUCUCCCUGAGGCCGCGGACAUGGUCUUCGAGAUGCGCAGCCACGGGCUCCCGUUCUGCGUCGAGACGGCCAACUGGAUCCUCAGGGCCGGGCUGGACACCAGGAACUUCGCCUACGCGCGCAAGGUGUUCGACGGAAUGGUGACCCGUGGCUGGGUGUGCCCUGAUGAGCGCAGCUUCCGGGCGCUGGUCCUAGGGUGCUGCAGGGAAGGCCGGGUGGAGGAGGUGGAAGCCCUGUUGGCGGCAAUGUGGGGGCAGGGAUUCUGCCUGGACAAUGCGACGUGCACGGUGGUCGUGCGCACCUUCUGCAAGAAGGGCCGAUUUAGGGAUGUGUCUGAGUUCUUCAGGAGGAUGCUGGAGACGGGCACCCCACCAAAUGUGGUGAAUUACACUGUGUGGAUUGAUGGUUUGUGCAAAAGAGGGCAUGUCAAGCAGGCGUUCCGUGUACUGGAGGAGAUGGUCGGAAAAGGAUUGAAGCCGAAUGUGUACACACACACGUCGUUGAUUGAUGGGCUCUGUAAGAUUGGGUGGAGGGAGCGGGCGUUCAGGCUUUUCUUGAAGCUCAUCAAGAGUAGUUCAUACAAGCCGAAUGUGCAUACAUACACUGUGAUGAUUGGAGGGUACUGUAAUGAGGGUAAGCUUGCUCGAGCUGAGAUGCUUCUUGGAAGGAUGGUUGAGCAGGGGUUGGCACCAAACACAAACACGUACACUACGCUGAUCAGUGGCCACUGCAAAACAGGCAGCUUCGAUCGUGCCUUUGAGCUGAUGAAUAAGAUGACUCAUGAAGGCUUCCUGCCCAACAUUUACACAUACAAUGCUGUCAUUGAUGGCCUCCUCAAGAAAGGAAAAAUUGAAGAGGCCUAUAAGGUGCUCCGGAGGGCCACUACUCAAGGGCUUGAGCUUGAUAAAGUGACAUAUACUAUAUUCAUAACUGAACACUGCAAACAAGGUCACAUAACAUAUGCUCUAGAUUUGUUCAACCGGAUGAUUGAAAAUGGUUGCCAUCCUGACAUAGAAACAUACACCACCCUUAUUGCUACAUAUUGCCAGCAGAGACAAAUGGAAGAAAGCCAAAAGCUGUUUGACAAGUGUCUCACGUUAGAAUUAGUGCCAACCACACAAACUUAUACCUCAAUGAUUGCAGGCUACUGUAAAGUUGGCAAAUCAACCUCAGCUUUGAGGGUCUUUUAUAGAAUGGUUCAAAAUGGAUGCCUCGCCGACUCUAUAACUUAUGGAGCUCUAAUAAGUGGGCUCUGCAAGGAAUCAAGACUAGAGGAAGCACGGGCAUUAUAUGAGGGCAUGCUUGAUAAACAUUUGGUGCCAUGUGAAGUAACUCCUGUCACUUUAGCUUUUGAAUAUUGCAGGAGGGGAAGGACAAGUGUUGCUCUAUCAAUCUUGGAUAGACUGGAUAAACGGCGACAGAUUCAUGCAACAAAUGUGCUAGUUAGAAAGCUCAGUGCUACGGCAAAUGUGGACGAUGCAAGUCUUUUCCUAAAAAGGGUUUUGGAUGGGGAUUCAGUUGUUGACCAUGUAACUUAUACUGGCUUCAUCAAUUCAUGCUACGCGAACAAUAGACACGCUCUAGCUUCUGAAAUAUCUGAUAAGAUCUCAAAAAGAACCCUCUAG